CCGUGCGGUUCCUCUCCUGUUGUCUUUACACGCGAUUUACAGCGCUAUGCACAGGCCUUAAUAGCACACUCGAUACUGCAAUCGAAGGUUCAUCAGUUGAGUUGUAACCACAAUCCAAUGAUGACACCACCAAUAAUCGAGUCCUGGAAGAUCCAAGUUCCGUUGGCAGUGAUAUUGGUUGCGAUAUGCAAUCCAAUCUCCGCCCAGCUAGUGCCCGAUUGUUCCAGUACGCUCGGAUGUCUCUCCUAUCCGGCUGACACUUCCUGUCCCAGUCCGGACGAGUUCUGGUCACCGACGGCUGUGCUCGGUGGAUGUUGUCCCGGUUGUGUUCGUGGACUUUCCCUAGGGACACCGUGCAGCGUUGGAACAACAACAGCAGAGCCUACCCAUCCGGACACUCCCUGUGCUCCGGGGUUAGUGUGUGGACUUGGUAAUGUUUGUCGGCUGAAUACGGGAGACUGUUUAUCGACGCAUCACGUACCGGCCGGUAUCAUUGACUGGGUUCCGCAGUGCGAUAGACGGGGCCAGUACGCACCCAAACAAUGCCGCGGAGAUCGCAUCAACGGACGGUGCUUUUGCUAUUCCGCCGAGGGUAAACGGAUUUUUGGUUGGGCCUGGCGUAAUGAGGCACAAAACAUGACAUGCGCUUGCAGUCGCCGACGUGCCGAGCUGGAAGCGGAAGGAAGGUUUGAUGUAACGCUGCACUGCACGCGGAACGGCAACUACGAGGAGCUGCAGUGUGAUCAAGGUGUGUGCUGGUGUGCCGAUCCGCAAACUGGCUUCCAAAAGCCCGGAACGCGUGCCGUUCCGCAGGAUUCGUGGACUUUGCUACCGUGCUAUAACGGAACACUUUACGGUGCGCAGUAUCUGAGACGUUGCGAAAGUGUAGCGUUUUCGCAGAUACUUCAACGCAAACAAUUCAUCAUCCGCGGGCACACGGGCGUAACGUUCACCGAUACACUGUGCGAGUACGAUGGCAGCCAUGGGCGGUACAUUAUCGAAGGGCAGGAAGCUUCCUGUACGUGGCACGAUGGAACUAGAAUUGAUCCGUACAAAACGUCACUUCAAAAUCUGGCCGCAAUGAACUGCAAUUGCGCACGCGACGUGAAGCUUUUCAUGCUGGCCGGGCGGAAGAUGGAGCUGGCCUGCGAAGGAAACGGGAACUAUGUGCCGCUGCAGUCGCGCAACGGAGCACUGUUCUGCGUCGAUCCGGACGGGUUCGUGGUGGCGGAGAACGUGCCGGCCCAGACGAACUGUGAGCAGUACAUUUUCGGUGCCGGUACGAUGUGACGACGAGAAGCGGAUAUAAAUUGUUCAAUAAAAUGCUUAUGCUCUACAACACGAA